AUGGCAGAACCCGACAAAGCUGAGCAGACAGCGCCAGUGCAGCGCCCAGUGCUCCCGCCCUCGUUCUCCAACAGCUUCUGGUCCGUCCCGUACAAGCAGGGACUCGAGUCGCUCUUCACGGCACUCGAGGCGGCAUGCGUGCAGAGCAGCGAGCUCGUUGAGCAUGUUCUGGCGCGGGCCGAACUCGAGGAGGACUUGGCGAGGCGCAUGGUUCCACCUGCGCUCAGGAGGGACGGUUUUGCCAUCGGCACGUCCGCGUUACUCUCCUACGAGGGAGCGUCUGUCAGGAUGGGCUUUGAGGCGCUGUUGACGGCCGCAGUAGGCGAGGCGAGGGCGAGGAAGGCGUUGGCGGACGACUUGCAGCGCACCAUCAUCGCCCCCUUCUCCUCUUGGUCCGCCUCGCACACCUCGCGCCUCUCCGCCUCGCGCCAAACCCUCUUCUCCCACUUGACCGCCUACGAAACCGCCCUCUCGCAUGUCCAGCGGCUCAAGACCUCUUACACCGACGCGUGCCGCACGGCAGACGAAGUCGAGGACGAGUGGAACUUUGUGAGAGGGAAGGAGGAGCUGGGAGGAAAGUGGGCGCCGAGGCCGGAUGAGGUCGAUGAGGCUCCCGCAGCCUCGAGGCGCGUGAGGAGGAACGCCGAGGAAGGCGAGGACGACGAGAAGGGCGAUGACGAGGAGGGAUUGGUCGGCAGGAGCGGCGCGACAGGCGGGAGCGUCCUCGGUGCUCUCGGACGCGCUCUUACGGUCCGCCGAACGGGCGCGGGUCGCUCGGCUCGUGCGCCUGCGCAAGAACAGAAGAAGGACGAGGACGAUGAGGGCGCAGCGGUCGUCAGUCCCGUGCUGGAAGAGGCGAAGGAGAGGAUUGGGAAGGUCCUGGAGACGAGGGAGGUCAAGGCCGGACUCGACUGGAGCAAGAACAAGUUCUCUUCGCUCCUUUCGACUGUCGUCGGCCCCCAGUCUGGCUACGAACGCUACGAGAAGGCGCGCAGGGACGCCGACGUCGCGGAGGAAAGGUACAAAAAGGCCGUCGAGGAGCUUGACGCGUUGAGGCUCACACUCGAAGCGACCAUCUCCUCCCACCUCCCCUACCUUCAGCGCCUCGAAUCCGACCGCCUCCGCGCCGCUACCUCGGUCCUCAAGUCAUUUCACCAAGCAAUCUCGGCGCUUCCGAAACUCGUCGACGGCAGCUUGCAGCGUGUCGGACAGUCGCUCGAGCUGGUCAGGCCCGAGAAGGACCUUAGGGCGAUCAUCGAGCGGAGGAGGACCGGCCCAUUCCAGCCCCAGCCUGUCAUCUUCCAGUCGCACUACUCUGACCCGUCGCCUACGACGUUCGGCAUCGACCUGCGCAAGUUUGACGAGACGAACCCGAAAAGGGACGAGCAGCCUGUUCCGCCUGUCCUCGAGGUGUUGCUCGAGUGGGUGAACAAGAAGGGCGAGAACGUCGACGAUGCCGAACGCCGCAAGUCGUGGCUGUACGAGACGCCUCUCUCUGCACAGCACGCCCUCCGCUCCCUCCUCAACAACCCCUCAAACGUCGCUCUUCCUCCAUCCGAUCUCGCCGCCCUCCUCGAACCAUUCGACCUCCCGCUCAUAUGCUCCGUCGUCAAGCUCUGGCUUCUCGAGCUCGAACAGCCGCCUUUGACGUGGAGUGCGUACGAGGAGCUGAGAAGCUUGUAUGGCGCGAGGCACGUCAUUGCGGAUUGCCAGGACGGAGAGCAGGAGAAGGAGGAGGACGAGAAGAGGCGGAACGAGCUGGCGAAGGUCGUUGGCAAGUUGCCGAAGGUUCACUUCGAGGUCCUCAGGGCCGUCGUUUCGCACCUCUCGCAACUCGUCGAGUCGACCACGACUUCCGAGCCGCUCCCAACUUACCUGCACAAGCUCUCCCUCUCCCUCUCCCUCUCUCGUCCUCUCUUGCGCCCAAAGACGACUACCGCGCUCAACCUUGACGACCGCUUCCCCGCCUCCGUCAUCACCGACCUCGUCACCUCCUCGUCGACCAUCUUCUCCCUCGCGCACGACAUCGCGCACAAAGAGCGCGAAGAACGCUAUCGCCCGCGUCGUCAGCGCACUAAGCCGAUUGACCAGCGCCCGCGGCGCUCGAACCUCGGUCUUGGCGAGCGCGGUUCUGUCGACAAGGAGAAGGCCGAGGAGGUCCUGAGGCAGACUAAGCGAGAGAGCUUGCUUGGCGUGGACACGGCGCUCGCGGCAGGAGUUGGAGCGGGUGAGGGACAAUUUGCGGCGAGUCCGCUUAGCGCGACGCAGGAGGAGUUCCCGAAGCCGCCUGUACCAGCUAAGGAGGACACGGCAACCGAGGAGGCGCCUCCGACGACCACUGAGAAGCUGGAGUCGGAGGACUCGACUGCGCCGCCGGAGGAGCUCGACCCGAACCCGGAGGUCGUCAAGGAGGAGGCGGAGAAGGACGAUCGUGCAGCUCGCGGCGAGCCGUCCGAGGACGCAUUCGUGCCGCCUGUCUCGCCUGGCGAUGUGCCCGAACCUGCGCUUCCGACAAGCGACGCCGGUCGCGACGAGGAGGUCGUUGGCGACUCGGAGGAGAGGCCGCUCGCGCCGUCGUCCUCCCUCAAGCGCUCGAGUGGACCCUCGCGGCUGAGGGGCGCAAGGGCACCGAGGCCGCCGAGCCAAGUCAUGGCUAAGGUGGCGGCUUUCGAGGGCGGGGAAGGUGGAGGCAGCAAGCGGGACAGCUGGACCAGGACGAAGACGCCUCAGCCCGCCGCGGAGGAGACGGACUGA